AUGGCGCCCACGGCUUCCAUCAAUGCCGUCCUCGCCAACCAGCACUAUCAUCAACAGCGAGAGGACAGACCCGACUCGCCCGUCUCGCCCUCACAGCCCACGACGCCGCAGUUUUCAUGGCCACGCAGAGUCCGCAGCCCUGAACCCCAUCUCCCGCUGCGCAAGGCCUCGCCUGAGCGGCUGAGACAGAGGAUGCCCAGUCUGCCUACCAUAAAGACGAGACAGAAGCCCGCUCCUCUGUUCAUCACCACCAACGCUGGCCAGGAGGCCUUGGGCCCUGUUACCUCUGGCAGCAUAGCUCCGCCGCACAGCUCCCGGGUCAACGUCAAGAGCAACAAGUGGUGGGAGGAUACCGACGAUGAGAAGAGUCCUGGCCGCCGACGCAACUUUUCGGCCGUCGAGCCUCGUUCUCGCCCUCGUGAACUGUCCGUGGCCGACGCUACUCUCUCGCGACAGGGCAGCUGGCCUCUGGAAGACAGCCCGACGUCCAUGGCUGUGCCCGACUCGGACCGCAACGAAACCCGUACCAGCUAUCGCUCGCAAAUGACAUCGACUAGCAGCCACAUGGACUCGACGACAGGCACGGCACGUAGCAGUGUUGCAACCGCCGACAGCUCCGUCUCAGACUGUGUCAAGAUCGACUAUGCCGACGACGACGAGGAUGCACAAGACAACAUGACCGAUUAUGAAGAUGAUCUGCUGGACAUGUACAUUGCUGGAUUCGGCACGCCUGUCAACCUCAGCGUCGACCUGCGCGAACAGAUGCGGAAGUCGAUGCGCUUGAGCAUGGCCAACUCUCGCACAAACAGCUUCCUGCAUGCUCCCAAAAGCUCCGUCGAUACGCUCGGCGUGCGGCCUGGCACAUCGCCGUCGUCUACCAACGAGACUGGUGGCUCGCACAGACGCAGUCAUUCUGCCAGCAUGGUUGACCGCAAGAGUAUCCUCGCUGAUGCCAAUCUCACUCCUUUCGACAGGAACAACAAGCCCACGUUAUCCUUGUCGCACAACAGAACCUCGACCCAAAUCUUGUCUGGCCGCGUUUUGCCCGACCCACCUCUUUCUGCUCCGCCGCCUACCGUCGAUCCUUCUCCUGUCCUUUCUCCUAUCACCGACUCGCCCGUCAGCAACAGCAUUCCCCUACCUCCGUCGAAACCUGUACCUCGCGAUCGUUACGGCUUCAAANAAUCAUCUCUACACAUCUCGGUCCAAGAUUAUGACGCUUGGGAGAAAGAAUAUAAUCUUCAUCUCGAUAGAAGACGGGGCAAGUGGAAUAUCUUGAUGAAACAAUUCGGCUACACCACCGAGAAUCCUACACGCUUCCCUACAAAAUCCGAGAAGAUCAAGAGAUAUGUGCGUAAGGGUAUCCCACCGGAUUGGCGAGGCGCUGCUUGGUUCUGGUAUGCUGGCGGCCCCAAGAAAUUGGCUGAAGACCCUGGGCUAUACUGGAAUCUGCUCAAGCAGGUCAAUCAAGGUGCUCUGAGCGAUGAUGAUCGCGAGCAUAUCGAACGCGAUCUCAACCGCACAUUUCCCGACAACGACCGCUUCAAACCCGACGACCGACCCACAACAUCUGAACAAAGCCGCGGUAUCGGCGAGACCGAGAAUGAGACUCCAAUGAUCAAGGCACUGCGUCGAGUCUUGCAGGCCUUUGCCGUCCACAACCCAAAUAUAGGAUACUGCCAGAGUCUAAAUUUCAUCGCCGGCCUACUGCUCUUGUUCCUCAACGAAGACGAAGAAAAGGCUUUCAUCCUCUUGAAUGUCGUAACCACCGAACAUCUGCCCGGUACCCACGGCGUAGCACUCGAAGGCGCAAAUAUCGACAUUGCCGUCCUCAUGACCUCGAUAAAGGAAUCACUUCCUUCCAUCUGGGCAAAACUAGACGACAAACCUACUACACCAGCUGCAGGCGGCGUGCCCCGUUUACCCACCGUCAGUCUGGCAACAACAGCAUGGUUCAUGUCCCUCUUCGUCGGCACUCUCCCUAUUGAAUGUGUCCUCCGCGUCUGGGACUGCCUCUUCUUCGAAGGCAGCAAGACACUCUUUCGCGUCGCCCUGGCCAUCUUCAAGUCUUCGGAACAAACCAUAAAAGCCGUCUCUGACCCCAUGGAAAUCUUCCAACUUGUGCAGAGUUUGCCUAGGGGUAUGUUGGAUGCGAAUGCGCUUAUGGAGACUUGUUUUCGCAAACGAGGCGGCUUUGGAGGCUUAAGUCAGGAUGUUGUAGAAAAGAGAAGGGAGGAAGGANGGGUGGCUACUAGGAGCGGCAGGACGUUGACUGUCUCGUCUGGAGAUGUUCGGGGUAGAGGCGAGGGGGAUGCACUCGGGCGAAGGAGCUUUAUGAGGGCGAAGAGCAAGACUCGAUUCUCGAGGCGGCAGACCAAAGGCGCGUAG